GUAUGAUCUAAGCAUGCUAUAGAUAUAGAUAUACUAUACUGACUAUACAUAUGCGUCGAGCGUAUUUGACAUUCGUUUCACAUUGCGUUUUAAAACUCCCAGUUACAGUCACUUCGUUGAUUCGCAAGAAAAUGCGAUUCUCCUAUUUCUUCACAGAACACCGUCAAUUUGCCGCUUAAAUCAUUUUUGGAUUCAAAGAUCAGCAAUCGCUCCUAAGCGACUGCAAUAAAAUGCGUAGUAGGAGCAACUCUGGCGUCCGUUUGGACUAUUACCAACGGAUUGUUCACAAAAUAAUCAUGAACCACCAGAAUCCAGUUACAGGACUUUUCCCUGCAAGUGCUGACAAUGACCAUGCCUGGAUACGAGAUAACGUGUACUGCAUACUUGCUGUGUGGGGUCUGUCAAUGGCUUAUAAAAAGAUAGCAGAUGCCGAUGAAGAUAGAGCGAAAACUUAUGAACUUGAGCAGAGCUGUGUGAAGCUAAUGAGAGGUCUUCUAAUGGCAAUGAUGCAGCAGAGGGAAAAAGUGGAAAAAUUUAAAGUCACUCAAAAUCCGCAUGAUGCCUUGCAUGCAAAGUACAGCUCUACCAAUGGUCAAAUGGUGGUUGGAGAUACCGAAUGGGGACAUCUUCAAAUCGAUGCAAUCUCUUUAUAUUUAUUAAUUUUAGCACAAAUGACAGCCUCUGGCUUGCAGAUUGUUUUUAAUUUGGACGAGGUGGCUUUUAUUCAAAACUUGAUAUUUUAUAUCGAAUCCGCUUAUUGCACCCCAGACUAUGGAAUUUGGGAAAGAGGAGAUAAAACAAAUCAUGGUUUGCCAGAAUUAAAUGCAAGUAGUAUUGGAAUGGCCAAAGCCGCAAUGGAAGCAAUGAAUGAAUUGGAUCUGUUUGGUGCGAGAGGUGGACCUACGUCAGUUAUUCAUGUUCUGGCCGACGAGGCACAGAAAUGUCAAGCGGUGCUGCAAUCCAUGCUGCCCAGAGAGUCAAACUCUAAAGAGUUAGACAGUGGUUUAUUGUCAAUUAUAAGUUUUCCCGCGUUUGCUGUAGAUGAACCUAACUUGAUUCUUGAGACACGCGAAACUGUUAUCAAGAAAUUACAAGGACGUUAUGGUUGUAAAAGAUUUUUAAGAGAUGGAUAUAAAACGCCGAAGGAGGAUGUGAAUAGGUUGUAUUAUGAACCAUGGGAACUUCGUAUGUUUGAGAAUAUCGAAUGUGAGUGGCCAUUGUUCUUUUGUUACUUAAUAUUGGAUUACUGCUUCCAAGGUAAUAAAGAAGCAGUGGAGACAUGCACCAAACAGUUAGAGGAAGUAAUGAUCAAAGGAGAAGAUGGUAUGAAAUUAGUGCCUGAAUUGUACUCUGUUGCACCUGAAGAUGUAUCAGCGGAGUAUGCUGAACCUGGUAGCCAAAAGCGAAUAGCUUUAGGCAGAUGUCCAUUUAAAUGGGCGCAAUCUCUUUAUAUUUUAGGAAAAUUGCUGCAAGAGGGAUUUCUUGCAGUUGGUGAGUUAGAUCCCUUAAAUAGACGAUUAUGUAGCGAGAAAAAGCCGGAUGUUGUAGUACAAGUAGUUAUCUUGGCAGAAGACGCAGAAAUUAGAGAAAAAAUUGCACAGCACGAUAUUCAUGUACAAACAAUUGCAGAGGUUGCACCGAUUGAAGUACAGCCUGCAAAAGUUCUCAGUCAUUUGUACACAUAUUUAGGACGCAACAAGAAGUUGGGAUUAUCUGGGCGUAAGUCAAGGGACGUAGGAAUUCUUAGCACCAGUAAACUGUAUUCCUUACAAGAUAAGAUAUUCGCGUUCACACCACAGUUGACAGAUAUGACCCGCUUCUACAUCGCAUCGGACUAUGAGCUCAUGAUUGACAUAUUCAAAGGUGAAAUUAAUUUCUUGAAGUCUAGUUGGCAGAAUAUGUUGGGCCGGCCUCUCGUGGUCAUGCCCCUCAAGAAUAUUCAUCUAGACCAAGGUAAAAUACCAUUAGCUAUGAUAACCACCUUGAAGAAACUUAAAAGUGGCUAUAUCAACGGUACUAGAGUAACAUUGGGAAAUUUGAACGAAUUCUUGAGUACAUCGUGUAUUACGAAUCUUAGUUUCUUGGGAAGUUCCGAAGAUGGCCGACCUGAUAAAUUAAAUCCUCAGAUUCAACAAUAUUUGGAGGAACACUUAGUGCGAUCAUUCCCUCAUCGUACAGGACUUCUCAACAAGCAUGUACAGGGAAUACGUACGGGCAAAAAUCUACGGCGCAGAAUGUCCGUGAAAGGCGCGAUAAAAAAGACACGAUCCAUAGCUGUCGAACCUGCUGUGAUUGUUACAAUCUUCCAAGAAUCUGAAAUUUUUGGAAUGGCAGGGGAAGACCGUAGACAUUCUACUAUUCUAAUUGCAAAUCCAUUUAUUGAAGUGACGGAUACUACCUUGUCUCUCAACGCCACUCAGCCAGUGACGAUGGAACGCACACCAUCACCAACAGAUGAGCUGUUACCAUGGAAAAAUUCUCCCAAAACUAAACAUAGAACAAUAGCAGAGACUCAGUAUGCUGAGACUGAAGUGGAGGAAUUACUGUCUAUGCUACGCGAAACGGAAAGCCUUGAAGAGCAAGGGGAUAUUUUGCAGUAUAUUGUGGACUCAAAAGGACUAUAUUUUGACACGGGCGUAGUGGAAGAGGGACAUCCCGUUUUAGUGAAGGAUUUGUUAAAGAGUCUUUACGAAAAGGCCUGUCAACAGAAAAUGUGGGGUAUUGUACGACAUAGUGCGGGUAUGUUGGGUAAAAGGGUGGAGGAUUUAGCAAAAGCAGUUACUGAUCUAUUAGUACGACAAAAGCAAGUUACUGUUGGUAUGCCACCGAGUAACGAGCACACAAUAGUCGCGCCUUUACCAGAGAACGAACUACGAGCGCUGAUCCAUCAAGCGUACGGUGACGACGAGUCGACUGCUAUGUUGACACAGGAAUUACUCGUUUAUUUAGCGAUGUUUAUUAGAACGGAACCGCAACUAUUUCUCGAGAUGUUGAGACUACGCAUCGGUUUGAUCAUACAAGUUAUGGCGACAGAACUGUCACGAACAUUAAUAUGCACCGGUGAAGAAGCUUCUGAACACCUGUUAAAUCUAUCCCCUUUCGAGAUGAAAACUUUAUUGCAUCAUAUUAUGAGCGGAAAAGAAUUUGCUAUUAGUAGUGUUGGCCGUGGUAACUUUUCCGUCAUUAGUUGCAAGUCAAGUAGAAUCAGCAAGAAAUCUCAAAUCGGUGGUUUAUUAACCUCUGAUCAGAAUACUGAUAAUGCUGAGGCAGAAGCAGAUCGACAAGGUCAAUGGUUGCGAAGGCGGCGAUUAGAUGGUGCAUUGAACAGGGUACCGAGAGAUUUCUACCCGCGUGUUUGGCAAGUACUCGAAAAAUGUCAUGGUAUAGCAAUUGAAGGAAGAGUACUGCCUCAAAAUCUUACACAGGAAAUGACAUCUGGUGAAUUGAAAUUUGCAUUGGCUGUAGAAACUGUAUUGAACACUAUACCACAGCCAGAAUAUCGUCAACUCAUCGUCGAGGCUUUAAUGGUAUUAACAUUAGUGACUGAAUACAAUGUUGUGCCAUCUUUAGGUGGUCUGAUUGAGGUUGAACAGUUAGUACAUAAGGCAAACGCUAUUUUCUUGGAAGAUCAGAUGACUAUCAACGGAGAUGCGACAUUAUGUUGUGCAAAACCAAAGGAACAACGAGAGAUGACAGCCAUGGGAACACUCCUUUGUGGAGGAGCAGCAUAUAUUUGUCAACACUUUUACGACACUGCACCCAGUGGAAGUUAUGGAACGAUGACUUACAUUGCGAGAGCUGUCGCCAUGACGCUUGAUUGUCUACCAAAAGAUGGCGAUUUAGAAUGCUCAAUAUCAUAAUAUAAUUUUAGAAAUAAAUGAUCUUUAAUCUUCGAGUGUUCACUCUGAUUCCAAAAUUGUCAUCUAUCUCAAAAAGAAGUGUUCCUAGAUCUAUUUUUUUUAAGGAUUUUUUAGUAUUUCAACCUUUAUAAAAAAAUUUUCCUAAUAUUUAAAAAAAUUCAAGCUUUUUUUGUAAAAUUAUAUUUUUUGUGCAUUUUUAAUUUCAAAUAUAAUUUUUUUAUAACAAAAAUUUAACUGCAAUUUUAAAGUUAAAUAUAUUCCUUACAAAAACGUUUUAACAUUUUUUCCAAAAAUCUAGUUUUUGAGAUAAGUAAAAAAUUGUUUGGAGUCAAUUUAUCCUCAUGUGCACUUUAAGAUUCGGAAGUGUACACUCGAAGGGUUAAUUGUAGUAAAAAAAGAAAAAAGUAUCAAUAUAAAUAUCUUGGAUAAAAUUGCAAUUUUUUGUGUAUAAUCUUGUUAUAUAACGAUUUUUUGUAAUCAAAUAUUUUAGUUUUAGUUUUAAUUAAAAAAUAUAUACAGUUACAAUAAAUAAUAAAUCAAUGUAUAAUUAUAAAUUA